AUGCUCUUUUUGUGUAAAAUUGUGACUCGCCGAACAACGGAAGCAAGUAUUACAUCAGAAAAAAACAUCACACAAUUUCACAACAAAGAAACUGACUCACAAACCAAUAAUGAACCUAGCGCACCAGCCAAUACUACCGAUAGAACAAAAACAGGCAAGAAGAGAAAGACAGAUGGUAGCGAAGUUGAUCGACAAAUACUUACUUUAAUUAAAUCUGUUGAAGAUGAAGACAAGAGCUACACUACGGCUACACCCGACUACAGGAUAAAUGAAUAUCAACCAACACAACCCAUUCCAUCGACAUCCAGGAUGCCCUAUGAAUAUCAGCCAACCCAACACAUUCCAUCCACAUCCAGGAUACCCUAUGAAAAUCAAGUUAAGCCUCAAGAAUUGAUGCAGCAAGAUGAUUCCCAAUCUUCAAUUGUAACUGAAUUAAGUUCAAUCACAACGCCUGAUUCCGAUUUCGAUUUUUCUAUAAGUCCUUAA